CGGGUGGUCGGUCGCGAGCGACUGGUGCAAGAGUCGGACAUCAUGCAUCUCAACUAUCUCAAGGCGUGCAUACGUGAGGCAUUUCGCCUCCACCCAAUCGCUCCCUUCAACCUGCCGCACGUCGCGAUUGCCGACACCAUUGUUGCGGGCUACCGUGUGCCCAAGGGUAGCCACGUCAUCCUCAGCCGGCUGGCCCUGGGCCGGAACCCCGCCGUCUGGGAUGAACCGCUCCACUUCAAGCCAGAGCGCCAUAUGGGAGACAACAUCAAUGUGGUGCUUACCGAGAGCGAAUUGCGGUUCAUCUCCUUCAGCACCGGACGGCGGGGAUGCAUCGCGGCAUCACUAGGAACAACCAUGAGUGUCAUGCUCUUCGGCAGGCUCUUGCAUGGCUUCACCUGGACCAAACCGGCUGGGGUGUCGGCCAUCAAUCUCAGCGAAUCGAAGCACGACCUCUUCAAAGAGAAACCGCUAGUGCUACAUGCUGAGCCACGUCUUGCAGUGCACCUCUACCCUCUCAUUAUGCAUCGUUGA